UACGUGGGUUGUUUCUUCCACCUUCUUCACCUUCUAAAUGAUGGUUCCUUCAUAUUAUUCAAUUUAAUCUCCCUCCUCAGCUACAGAGCUGCCAGAGUACAUGGUUGUAUUUUUUUUACGCCCCUCUCAAAGAGCAGAGCUGAAGAAUGACUCAACCUUCGCUCUUCUUCACCUGUGGCUCCGCUCAAACUUCCGGAGUUAAAGUACGUCGUCAUCUCUACGUUUCUCCAUUCACGGCUGGAGCAACAACAGCCGCAGCCGCUCGAUUCUAUCACCUUCUUACAAAGAAACCGGAUUGGAACCGUCACGAGGAUCAAAUCCAGGAAAAGCAUGACUCCAACUUCCAAAAAAUACCGCAACAACACCUGAUUUCUUUAAUAAAAUCAUGCAUCGAGAAACCCCAUUUGCACCAAAUCCACGCCCAUUUCGUCCGUACAUCUCUCCUUCAAGACCCCUUCUUUUCUCUCCAGUUCUUGUCCCGCGUUUCGUCCUCUCCGUUCCGAGAUAUGGGCUAUUCCCGCCGGAUUCUCUCUCAAAUCCCAGACCCAUCUGUGUCUCAUUACAAUGCGCUGAUAAGAGCGUAUUCUUUCAGCAAAUCACCAGGGGAGGGGUUUUAUCUAUACAGAGAAAUGAGGCAAAAAGGCGUUUCUGCAGACCCGUUAUCAUCUUCCUUUGCGAUUAAGUGUAGCAUAAAAGCUUGUUUGUUAAUUGGGGGUUUACAAGUUCAUGGAAGGGUUUUGAGAGAUGGGCAUCAAUUAGAUAGCCAAUUACUGACUACGUUGAUUUAUUUUUACUCCAUCAGUGGGAAGCUUAAUGAGGCGUGUAAGGUGUUUGAUGAGAUGCCUCAAAGGGACACUGUGGCUUGGAAUGUACUCAUUUCUUGCUAUAUGCGUAAUGGUAGGACUAGGGAUGUUUUGGUGUUGUUUGAUAGCAUGAUGACUGAGGAAUUUGAGUGUGAACCUGAUGAAGUAACUUGCUUGCUUCUGCUUCAAGCUUGUGCCAAUUUGGGGGCAUUGGAGUUUGGUGAAAAAGUCCAUGGUUAUAUUGAAGAACACGGAUAUGACCGUGCUAUCAAUUUGUGUAAUUCACUUGUAUCCAUGUAUUCACGGUGUGGAUGUUUGGAUAAGGCUUUUGAGGUGUUUAAUGGCAUGCAAGAGAAAAAUGUAGUUUCUUGGAGUGCCAUGAUAUAUGGUAUGGCGAUGAAUGGCCAUGGAAAGGAGGCUGUUGAAGCAUUUUUAGAGAUGCAGAGAAUGGGCAUUCCCCCAGAUUGCCAGACAUUUACGGGUGUUCUUAGUGCUUGCAGUCAUGGUGGGUUGAUUGAUGAAGGACUGGAGUUUUUCAAUGGAAUGACCAAAGAAUUUGGUAUACUGCCUAACAUUCACCAUUAUGGAUGCAUGGUUGAUCUUUUAGGUCGUGCUGGUCGGCUUGAUAUGGCCUAUCAGCUUAUAGUAUGUAUGAGAGUUAAGCCAGACGCUACAAUAUGGAGGACUUUGCUUGGGGCUUGCAGAAUUUAUGGCGAUAUUAAGCUUGGUGAGUGUGUGGUCAGACAGUUGAUUGAACUUAAGGCUGAAGAAGCUGGGGAUUAUGUUUUGCUGUUGAAUAUGUAUUCAUCGGCUGGAAAGUGGGAGAAGGUGAUUGAAUUGAGGAAAUUUAUGAAGGAGAAAGGAAUUCAAACCACUCCUGGCUGUAGUACAAUUGAGUUUAAAGGAGUAGUCCAUGAAUUUGUUGUGGAUGACUUUUCACAUCCACGAAAGGAUGAGAUUUAUAAGAUGCUGGAUGAGAUUAACCAGCAGUUGAAAAUUGCGGGUUAUGUUGCUGAAGUAUCAUCAGAAUUGCACAAUUUAGGUGCAGAAGAAAAGGAGCAUGCACUCACUUAUCACAGUGAGAAGCUGGCUAUUGCGUUUGGAGUUCUUGCAACUCCACCUGGAACAACAAUCAGAGUGGCCAAGAAUCUCCGCAUAUGUGUUGAUUGUCACAAUUUUGCAAAGGUUCUUUCUAGGGUAUAUGAUAGGGAUGUGAUAAUCCGAGAUCGCACCAGGUUCCAUCAUUUUAGAGGCGGAUACUGCAAUUGCAAUGACUAUUGGUAGGGAAUUUUCGAUGCUGGAGGAACGCAUGCUGGAAUUAUCCAGGAAGAUGUCAAACUGAAUAGACUUUGAAAUUUUAUGACAGAUUGUGUUUGACAGAUAGCAAGUCGCAGCCUGAGUCACAAUUGGAUACUGCUCUUGCAAUGCAAGUCAGGAAAGAAAAAUUUUUCGAGUUAAAGCAGCCACUCGAGCGUGAAUGGUAAGAAAGUUGUAUGCUUUAUAGUUCUUUUGUAGCAUUGAUUUUGUAAUUUCUAACAAUUACUUCAUAGGAAUACAUGAUUAUGUACUUU